AUGAGCCUCCUUUGCUUUCCUAACAACCAAAUCGAACUGUACAGCGACAGCCCGGACCCGUUCGCCGUAGGGCAGUGUAUAAAUGUACAGAUUAUACUUCAGGCUCAUCGUGGCUGUUUUACACGAACUGAUAAGAUGUGCAAUAUUGGCAUUUAAAGUUUUUAUUUUAUGUCAUUGUUUAUUUACUUAUGUUUUUGUAAGUUUUUGAAAGUUUAGUAGUGGGCUAACGCUUUUAUAAAGAUCCGUGUUUUUGUUGUUGUAUAAUGGUAAUAUUGGGUUUACCGGGGUAUAGUAUUGAUACAAUAUUAGCACUACAUGGCCGGACCGUUUUGAUACUGUAGCUAGUUACUGUUGCUCAUUGAUAACAUAGUGAAGUGACUGUAAAAUCAGUGGCCAAUGUUGUUCCAUCUUUAAGGGACGAGGUUGCUAGCUAGCUUUGCUAACAGUGUUAUUGUUAAAACCUCUAGCUGGCUGCACGUUAGCAAGCAAUAUAACACAUGCGGGAGCACUGAUUUUAUACUACGAGAGACGACUUUUUUUUAAAGGAAUAUGGAAACCACUGUUGAUGUAAACCACAUGUUCCCUGAAAGGAUUACAGUUUUGGAUCAAAACCUGAUUGCAUUUACAAAAUCGCUGGGAAGGUCAGAUCCUCAAUCUCUAAUUGCAGCAGUAAUUGAUGAACUUGGAAGAGCCUCAGCCAAGGCCCAAUACUUGACAGCACCAAUCACAAGUGCAUCAAAGCUGCAGACCAACAAGCACCAUCUCUACCUGCUGAAAGACAGAGAAAGCAACGGGGGAAGGGGACUUGCAGUGGGUUUUCUGAAGGUUGGCUGUAAGAAGUUAUUUCUGCUUGACCAGCGAGGGGCGCAUGUCGAGACGGAGCCUCUGUGUGUCUUGGAUUUCUUUGUGACAGAGCACCUUCAGAGGCACGGCUACGGACUGGAGCUGUUUAGCUUCAUGCUGCAGCACAAAAAGGUAGAGCCAGUGAUGAUGGCUUACGACAGGCCCUCCCCUAAGUUCCUCUCCUUCCUGGAGAAGCAUUACUGUCUGAAAAAUGGUGUACCUCAGGUCAAUAACUUUGUGGUGUUUGAUGGUUUCUUCACCAACAGAUCAGCGGCCCAGUGGAGAAAGGUUCCCCCCAACAAGCUGGACGGAGAGAUCAAGCCCUACUCACUAACACAGAGAGGGGCUGUGCGAGAGGAGCAGAGGGCUCUCCCCUGGCCUCUGUGUUGCCCCGCGGCUCCUCCCUUCUCUCUUCCGUUGUCGGUAUCCUCCCCAUGCUCCCCAAGCAGGGCCCGCCAGUGCCCCAACCUGGCCCUGGCCCCAGCAUCUGCCCCUGGGGGCUACAGGGGCCCGGCCCCCAACCCCCCACUCAUCGGCAGCCUCAACUACAGGGUAAAACGCACCAGCCAACAGGGCCUAGUUGCCAGGGGAAACCUCUACAGUCGCUACAUCAACACCCGGGGCUUUGGGCUGUUGUUGGAGACCCAGCAGAACACAUUCAAACUGCCAGGUUUGACACCAUUAUUGAGAGAGAGAGAGACUGACACAGGGGGACAAACAGACCCCCUGGGACACACAGACAGGUCCCUUCCACCUCUAUCCCUAUCCAGGAAGAAGUUGCCCUGCUCCCAGACCACCAGAGAACCAGACAGACAGGCUGGGAUGGAGACCAGGGUGUUGGAGAAUAGGCCCCGGAUGGGGGUAGGGGGAGAGCCCUGGCCUGGGAGGGCUGGAGAGAAAGGAGGUGGGCCCCAAGUGGUUGAGAAGGGGCCAUUGGAGGCUGAGAAGGACAGGGGGAGAGGAGGCUGGUCAUGGACGGUGGGAGAGAGCUGCUGUAACACAGCUCAGUGGGUCAGGCAGAAGCAGGAAUAUAACAAUACCAGACCCUGGUGACCCACAUGGAAGACAGACGGACUGACAGGAAGCAGGAGAUGGAAGACAGACGGACUGACAGGAAGCAGGAGAUGGAAGACAGACGGACUGACAGGAAGCAGGAGAUGGAAGACAGAUGGACUGACAGACGGAUGAAUAGGAAGCAGGAGAUGGAAGACAGACGGACUGACAGAUGGAUGAAUAAGAAGCAGGAGAUGGAAGGCAGACGGAUGGAUGGAUAAGAAACAGGAUGUAGAGGAGAAAGAGACCGACUGACAGACUGAUUUAAUAGAGAUUUAGAGAAAUGGACUGUGAACUAGAGUUGAGAUAGACGGGAAGACAGCCACAGCCAAUCCUCACCCACUUCCCUUCAUCCCUCUCACCUGAUCACUGGUUAGUGGUGCUAUGUCUUCUAGACAGAACAAGUGAAGGGUUUGGUUGGUAUGCAACAAUAGUCAGCCAGAUGUCACAGUAUACGUCCCAAAUGGCACCCUAUUCCCUAUGGGACCUGGUCAAAAGUAGUGCACUAUAUUGGGAAUAGGGUGCCAUUUUGGGUCAAAAGUAGUGCACUAUAUUGGGAAUAGGGUGCCAUUUUGGGUCAAAAGUAGUGCACUAACGUAGGGAAUAAGGUGCCAUUUGGGGCUUAGACACAGUCUGAGGGUGUAAAAUGGUGGGUUACAGUACAAUGAACAGAAUGUAGCAGUGAAUACUGAGUACUAGUCAGUAGGUUGAUGAUGGUAAUGAGAACCACAGCUUUAGAGACCUACUAAAUCUGUCACAUGUACCAGCAGCAAUUCACUUGAAGCAAAAAGGCAAUGGAGCCAUGCUGGAAAUUCCAUCAGACUUGAGUUGACACGUUAAGAUGUUUUCAAUGUAGAAAUAAAUGGCCUACGCUGAUCACAGAAAGACUCGUCCCUAAAUGUUGUUGGAAUAGCUUUACUUGUUAUGUCUGCGUUAUUUACCCAUGUAUUGAUCAUAGAUUACAUUUGAUUACCUAAAUGUUGAUAUAGUGCUUUGUGUUUCCCUCAUGUCCCCUCUACACCCUUGAACCUCCUGCACUGCCAUCUACUGGCUAAAUCCGGUACUGCAGUAUCACGAACUCAACAGGCAGUCAAG